GAGAACAAACAAGAUGUGGAAGCUUUUGUGCCUCCUUGCCCUCUGUGGCCUGCUGAGCCCUUCUGAAGGAAAAGUACCAGGGAUUAGAUCUGUGUUUUCCAAUACAGAAAUAAAUAAAGUCCUUAUCUCUGUUCUGAAGCAGAAUGACCUUCUUGGGAAUCACCUGAAAGCCAUUACACUUUCUGACAUUGAUCUUGGAGGACUGCUCAGUUUAACUGGUAAAAUUGCUGGGCUCAAAGUUUCAAGUGCCCAAAUUACUGGUUCUGCGGUGGUCCUCCUUCCAGAUAAAAUAAACGUAACUAUUUCUGUUCACGUGGAAAUCACUGGCAGCGCGCUCCUACUAACCACAAGUGCUGUUUCUAUUUCACUUGAUUUGAGCUUGAGAGUCAUAUAUGGAUUUGAAAACUUCUCAGACGGUUUCUUAGAUGUUAAAUUUUAUGAAUGUGCUAAUGCAUAUGGAGCCAUUGACAUCCAAGUCUUGGGCAUUUCGCUUCCACUGUCAGCGAUAACAACCAUCCAGAAUUCUAUUAUCGCCGACCUAAACCUCCAGCUCUGCCCCAUUCUGAAGGUUGUCUUUGAUGUGGCGAAGGUGGUACUGUUGAACACUCUGAAUGUGGUGUUUCCCCUGGGCAUUUAUGGAAACGUGAAGAUUCAGUUGGCAAGCUUGCCUGCAUUACUGGACGCUUAUGUUGGAAUAGAUCUAUAUGUUGAUCUCCAGGUAGCAGGUACCAUCAUUUCCAUUCCCAGCGUAGCCCUCUCUAUUGGCGUGCCUCUUUUGCACAACUAUAAGCACUGCCAGGCUAUCCAUCCCGGAGUGGUGAACAUCGUCUUGUCUGUCAUAUCCCCCAAACAGCCUGUGGAAUUGAGCUGCACCCCUGACAAAUAUUCUAAAGCCGACGAACUGAGGAACGCUAUUUUAGCUCUGAUUCCAGCUGGGAGCUCUGCAAUCAUCUCCGCGAAUACCCUGUACCUUAGAAUCUUCCUCCUGGUGGAUCCAGUGAUUGAGUUUAAAGCUACUGGGGCCAUUGUUUUUGCCAAAGUCCAAGUCGAGGUGUUUGUCAAGAACGCAGAUGGAUCUGUAUUGUCCGUACUUGUUGUCAGCAGUAACCUCAAGUUGGCUGCCGCAAUCUCCGUAGUUUCUAGCAAACUGAAGAUAGUCCUCUCCAUCUCCGGGAAUCCGCUUCUCCUGGUAUCUUCAGGUGUUGGCAUCAUUGAUGUUUCCAGCCUUGUAUCCCACUUCAAUAACUUACUGGCUGAAAUCUUUUUGCCUCUUAUCAAUGGGCCUCUUGCUUCUGGAAUCCAUCUGCCUGCGAUCCUAGGCAUUUCCUUGGACAGCGUGUUUAUCCAGCUUACCGACGGUGCCCUUCUGCUGUAUAUCUAAAGCAGAGGAUCAACCAAGCGCAGAAGCCUCUACGCAAAACCACAACAUGAAUGCUUUGUUUUGUUGCUCUAACUUGAUUCCAGCUGAUUCUUUUGUGUGUGUGUGAUUCUCACACAAGUCUUUCAAUAAAUGUAUUGGCUUCU